AUGACUCCAGCUGUGCUCAGCAAACUGAGACGAUGUUUCAAGAAGAAUAAAGAAAGGACCAAAGCUCAGGAUAUAGACAGGCGAGUAGAGGAGGUGAUGAGAGCUGCAGCAGCUGAAGAAGGCAUCGAGUUUGCGGAGACUGCUUCACCGCCACAAGACUCGCUGUGGCUUGACGAAGCUGGAUUCGUUACUUCUCUGGACACAAUAUUUGGUCAUCAUAAAUACACAACGCACGCACACAAACUGUUUCAACUGCUAGACAGUUUCAGCAGUGGUAAGGUCUGGUGGAGACAGCUAAUAUGUCGACUGGUAGCUGUCGGAGCUAAGAAGACAAGCACCAGGGCUGAAGUAUGGAAGCCACUUAUUGAGCAGGAUAUCAAAAGACUGGACCAUUGCAAGCGGGAGACGCUGGUGAAACUGGUGUGUGUGGAGCGAGAGGAUUCAUUCUGUUACGUGGCGGUAUCCCGUGGAGGACGAGUUGGAGUCUACAGUGGUGAUAUGCGGCUUCUGUAUUCAUAUGAGGACGCUCAGUACCUCAUGAUGUCUGCAUCAGACCGCAGCUUGACAGUGUAUGAUGCUGCAACACUAUCACAUACUCCGCUGUACUGUAUUACUGGACUACCAAACAUUCCUACAUGUAUGGCGUACACUCCUUCGUCACGUAGCUGUGACACAUCAGAGCUUGCCUUCGGCACGGAGCGCGGCGACGUCACUCUCAUUCGGUUCCUGCAGCCGAAGCUACAGCUGUUCCACACGAAGACGCCCGAUGCUAUCAAUUACUACUUCUGGAUGGAAUUACCGUCUCCUCCUCACACAUCAUACUGCAGUAUCAUGCGCUGGCGCAAAGUACACUCGCGGUCAGUAAAGCGUGUUGCGUAUAGCCGCGGCGGAGUCAUACUUGUCAGCUGUUCUCAUGACGCGACCGCCAGUGUACGCAUCCGACAUGUUCCCGGCAAGAUGGAUGACUAUGUCUUCAAAGUUAUAAGGGGAGUCACCUGUUUCCACAUAGUAUCGGCGCUGCACUUGGUAGCGACGGGCGGCUGCGAUGGUUCAGUGCGACUGUGGCAGCCCUGUGGUCGUACACCGUUCGCGACGCUUGCAGCCCCGACUUCACCUGCAAUACUAGACCUAGCCAUCAUAGCUCCGCAUGAACUCGUCAUAGCUUUCUGCAACAACUGUACAUUGUAUAUCUGGGAUCUGUAUGAGGAAUGUUUGCUGCAAACUAUCAAGCUAAGGUUCCCGUUUCUUGGUGUUCUCGGCAAAAAGGUCGAGUUUGGCCCUUACUGCAUACAUCCCGGCCCUGUUCGUAAAGAGUUGGAAGAAGAAACUGAAGAAUCAAUGUUAGAAGAACCAAUAGUGAUGUCCCGGCGAGCGUCCAGCGUGUACCAGGGUUCUACCGGUGGCCUGAUGCUGCAGCUCGACAUGGAAAACGAGUGGGACAAGAAAGGAUUGGAAGAUGAACCUGAGUACAAGCGCUUCAAUCGAUGCGAGAUACUGGUUUCGUGCUGUGACUUCGUGUGCACGGUGCGGCUGGGCGACGCGGUGGGCGCUGUGGUGCCGCCUCCUGCUGACACGCUGCGGGCACGACGACCCUCCGUGUGGGACCUGCCUGACUACCCUGCUACUAGCACAUCAUCUACGACUCCUCGUUUGCAGCCAUCACUGGCGCCAACUCCUCUACUCCUGUCACCUUCUUCAGCAGAGUUCCCUGUCACUGAUCUUGAUACGUUAUUGGAGAAUGCAGGUUUACAGGGUAUCCUGGAAAAAGAUUUCGUUCUGAUGCAAGGACUUAAGAAUGACCUGAACAAGAAACUGGCAGAAAUGGAAGCGAAUAAACAAGUGAUGACAAACGCUGUAUCGGCAGGAGCGCCAUACUUGGCGUUGAAAACUUACGACCCGUGCCUCGUGGAACCUGUAGAUGAGAUGCUGGACGAAUACAGACGAGUGAUGAAACUAUUCCCAACCACGAGUAUAACUGGAACACCCACUGGCAGUGAGAAGUCCACUCCAAGACGAAGCAGAAGUCAGAAGUUAUGA